AGGGAGAUCGUCCGUGACAUCAAGGAGAAGUUGUCUUACGUCGCACUUGACUUUGACACUGAGAUGAAGGCCGCUGCUGAGAGUAGUGAGAAGGAGAAAACGUACGAGUUGCCCGAUGGCAACAUUAUAACUGUUGGUAACGAACGCUUCCGCUGUCCAGAAGUACUCUUCCAGCCCACUUUCAUUGGUAAGGAGGCCAGCGGCAUCCACGAUACCACUUUCCAGUCUAUCAUGAAAUGCGACGUGGAUAUAAGGAAGGAUCUGUACGCCAAUGUUGUCCUUUCUGGAGGCACUACGAUGUUUAAUGGUAUUGGUGAGAGGAUGACUAAGGAGCUCACUGCUCUGGCCCCCUCUACUAUGAAGAUCAAGGUCGUGGCUCCUCCUGAACGCAAGUACUCGGUCUGGAUUGGAGGCUCUAUUUUGUCCUCUUUGUCGACCUUCCAGCAGAUGUGGAUCUCCAAGCAGGAGUAUGACGAAUCUGGACCUACUAUUGUGCAUCGUAAAUGCUUCUAA